CUUCCGGCGGGGCGGCUGGUGCUCCGGAAGCGGUGCUGGCGGUGACCCGGAAGCGCUGCGCGGGGCGGGGCUGCGGCGGAUGAUGGCGGCGGAGGAGCCUCAGCAGCAGCCGGAGCCGCUCGGAGGAGAUGCAGAAGGUGUGAACUGUUUGGCCUACGAUGAGGCCAUCAUGGCCCAGCAGGACAGGAUCCAGCAGGAGAUCGCGGUGCAGAACCCGCUGGUGUCCGAGCGCCUGGACCUGACUGUGCUCUACAAGGAGUAUGCUGAGGACGACCACAUCUACCAGCAGAAGAUCAAGGACCUGCUCCAGAAGUACUCGUACAUCCGCAAGACGCGGCCGGACGGGAACUGUUUCUAUAGAGCCUUUGGCUUCGCUCACCUGGAGGCUCUGCUGGAGGAUGGGCAGGAGCUGCAGAGGUUCAAGGAGGUGUCAGCGCGCAGCAAGGAGGAGCUGGUGGCUCAGGGCUUCACCGAGUUCACCAUCGAGGACUUCCACAACACGUUCAUGGAGCUGAUCGAGCGCGUGGAGCGCCGGGUGCCGCUGCCGGAGCUGCUGGCAGCCUUCAAUGAGCCCAGCACCUCUGACUACCUGGUGGUUUACCUGCGGCUGCUGACGUCCGGAUGCCUCCAGCGCCACCGGAGAUUCUUUGAGCAGUUCCUGGAGGGGGGCAGGAGCAUCAAGGAGUUCUGCCAGCAGGAGGUGGAGCCCAUGUGCAAGGAGAGUGACCACAUCCACAUCAUUGCCCUGGCUCGUGCCCUGCACGUGUCCAUCCUGGUGGAGUACAUGGACCGGGGUGAGGGGGGGGGCCACCAACCCCCAUGUGUUCCCCGAGGGGUCCCAGCCCCGCGUCUGCCUCCUCUACCGCCCUGGUCACUAUGACAUCCUAUACAAGUGAGCCCCAUAGGGUGCUAUGGGGUGGGGGGGGGGUCAGGAGUGCCCCCCCCUCCCCCAACACCCCCCCCCGUCUGGGUACCCCCUCUACCCACACAAUAAAGAUGAGGCCCCA